AUGUCAUCGAAGUUGAGGAUUCUUGUCCCUGUGAAGAGGGUGAUUGACUAUGCUGUCAAGCCACGAGUCAAGUCUGACCGCAGUGGGAUUGAGACAGCCAACGUGAAGCACUCACUCAACCCCUUCGACGAACUAUCCAUCGAAGAAGCUGUGCGGUUACGCGAACGCAAGCAGCCGGUAGAGGAGAUCCUGGCCGUGAGCGCGGGCCCGGCAAAAUGCGCCGACACACUACGCACGGCGAUGGCCAUGGGGGCGGACCGGUCAAUCCACGUCGACGUACCGGAAGACAAGGCGCUGGAGCCGCUCGGGGUGGCGAAGCUGCUGAAGGCGAUCGCCGUGAAGGAGAACUCCAACCUGAUCAUCCUUGGCAAGCAGGCCAUCGACGACGACGCGGGCCAGACCGGUCAGAUGCUCGCGGGCCUACUCAACUGGCCGCAGGCGACGCAGGCCAGUAAAGUCGAGAUCAAGGACCAGCACGUCACGGUCGAGCGCGAAGUCGACGGCGGCGUCGAGACCCUCAAGGCCAAACUUCCGAUGAUCAUCACCACAGAUCUACGGUUGAACGAGCCUCGCUACGCCAGCCUACCAAACAUUAUGAAGGCUAAGAAGAAGAAGCUGGAGAAGAAGACACUGACUGACUACGGCGUGGAGGGUGCACACAGGCUGAAAACUGUAAAAGUCGAGGAACCACCCGUGAGACAGGGCGGUGGCAAAGUCGAGGAUGUAGACGGUAUGAUUUCCAAACUGAAAGAGUUGGGUGCUAUCUAG